UGCCAACGAGGGGGAAUAGUUAGAGCGUUAGGUAUGGUUUUAAGAACUUUUUGUGUAGGAGUAUUUCUGAUUACGAGCUUUUACCUUCUUACCAUUAAGUUCCAAAGCACUGCAGCUGCACCGAGUAAAGAUGCCCGCGAAAGACACGUAUCCAGAUCUGUAAACGUCGAAAGGUAUUCCAGGUAUCCACAAUACGCCAAAAUUAAACCAGAACCUUUCGUAAGUGAUUUUAUUGUUGACGAAGAUGACUUCUUGGAACUGCCGAAACGCCAACAGAGCUCAGAUGACUACGGUCAUCUUCGGUUUGGAAGAAGAAACGGCGAAGAUAUAUCCGAUGACUACGGCCAUAUGAGAUUCGGCAGAGGUGGUACAGACGCAAAAUGACCGAAACUUAUCCGUGGAGGCGUUUAUCUUCAUAAGUGUAUUCAUUAAAUCAUAUGUAAAAUGUUAGUAACUUUUAUAAAUAAUAAGGCUGGAUUAUAACUUU